AUGGCCGACGAGGAAAUCAACAUUUACGAUGAAAUCGAGAUCGAGGACAUGACCUUCGACCCAAAUCUCCAGAUCUACACAUAUCCAUGCCCGUGCGGCGACCGCUUCGAGAUCGCAAUUGACGAUUUGCGCGACGGCGAAGACAUCGGCGUGUGUCCGAGCUGCAGCUUGAUGAUUCGCGUGAUCUUCGAUGUGUUGCUGAUUAUUCGCCCCGCGGGGUAUUCGCAGGCCGAUCUCCCUAAAGCAUGA